AUGGUCGCAAACCAGGAAACGGGGGCAGGUUGCGCAAUUCUUAUCAACAAAACCCUUGCUACGGAAUUGGGGACAACUCAAGUACAUUGGGAUUCGGCAUCUGUUAGACAGCGAGUGGCAAGCGAUGACGUCACAAAGUGGGGUGUCAUCGCGUCUGCUGGUCAAGACUACCACGAUUACCAUCUUCAAGCAGACGUGUGCCACGCCUAUCACAUCCUGUACCACUAUGGCGUCCCAGAUGACAACGUCGUAGUUAUGAUGUACGACGACAUCGCUUACAACCCUCGGAACCCAACCCCCGGGAUCGUCGUGAACUAUCUUAACGGUCGAGACCACUACGCGGGCACAAUCAAGGACUACAUUGGAGCGAGCGUCACAGCCAGUAACUUCCUCGGUGUGCUACAAGGACGACGGGAACUCAUCGAGGGUGGCAGCGGCAAGGUAUGUGGGAGCGGGCCGAAAGACCACACUUUCGUUUACUUGGACAGUCUUGAGACCCGACGUCUUGUGAGUUUCUCCGACGACGCUUUGCACGCCAAGGAUCUCACUGAGGCCAUCAAGAAAUUGCUCGAGGAGAGGAAAUACGCCAAGAUGGUCUUCUACCUCUACGCGUCUUUCUCAGCCUCCAUGUUUGGCGGACGUCUGCUCUAUAACAUCAGCGUGUUUUCAACGACAGCUGCCGAUCCUUACGAGGAAGGCGGCGAUCGGUUCCUCAACACUAAGAGAGGGCUUACCAAGCACGCGUGCUUUAAAGCAGUGAGACACUUCGACUCGCGCUGCUUCGAAGUGCCGCGGAAUUCAUAUGCCGUGAAGUACCUCGGAUUGUUUAUCAACCUAUGCGAGGAGCGUGUUUCCACUCAAGACUUGCGGAGGGCGAUGAAUCAGGCGUGCACUCAUCCAAGGAUCGUCGGAAUUUCUUAG